GGCAGGGGGCGGGGCCCGGGGACGCCGAGGUCGGCGCGAUGAGACAGCCGGCGGUGCAGCUGGUAUGGCUGAAUCGGAUGCCGUACGCCGAGCUACUGGCGCUGCAGGAGCGCUGGCUGCGGCGGCUGCAGGCCAAACCAGGCACCGCGGCCCUAUCCGGAACAGAGGCGGGCGCGCUCCUGCUCUGCGAGCCUGCGGGGCCUGUGUACACGGCCGGGCUGCGCGGCGGCCUGACGCCCGAGGCGGCGGCGCGGCUGCGGGCCUUAGGCGCCGAGGUGCGGUCCACAGGCCGCGGUGGCCUAGCUACCUUCCACGGCCCGGGCCAGCUGCUCUGCCACCCGGUGCUCGACCUGCGGCGCCUGGGCCUGCGCCUGCGCACCUACGUGGCGGCGCUGGAGGCGUGUGCGGUGCGCCUCUGCGAGCUCCAGGGCUUGCACGGCACCCGCGCGCGACCCUCGCCCUACACCGGCGUCUGGCUCGGGGAGCGUAAGAUCUGCGCGAUCGGAGUCCGCUGUGGAAGGCACAUCACGUCCCACGGUCUGGCUCUGAACUGUUCUACGGACCUCACGUGGUUUGAGUACAUUGUGCCCUGUGGGCUGGUGGGAACAGGCGUCACUUCCCUGAGUAAGGAGCUCCAAAGGCACAUAACUGUGGAUGAAAUAAUACCACCUUUCCUUGAGGCCUUUAAGGAGACCUACAAGUGCACCUUUAUCUCAGAGGACAGCGCCAACUGAAGGACGUUCGCGUUAUCACAGCCGGGAGGUCCUGCCUUGGAAAGCACCAAGCCUGCAUUGCAGUCACUUGAAACCCAGAUUAGUUUAGACCUGACCCUAUCAUUCGCUCACCGUGAGACCUUGAACAGAUCAUAAGGUCUGAGCCAUUGUUUCCAUAUGUAUCCUGGUUUAUUUAUCUUCCCCACCUACCUCAAAUAUAGAAGAUGUGAAAACAUUAUGAAAAGUAUCACAUGCUGUAUAAAUAUAAGGCAUUAACAUUACUAUUGACACCAUUUUUUCAGCUUAGACAAACUCAUAGUGUAAUUUCUCAAGUAUUUAUUCCCACCUCAAUACUGUAGUUAAUUGGGUGACCCUGGUCUCCAGUUCCUUUGAUUUUGUAGGAAUCAUAUCUCUGGAUGGCCCAGGUGAAAGUGAGGUGAUUGUGGUGCUUUUUCAUUCUCAAGAGACCUGGGAGCUUUCUGCAAUAAAGGGAGAAAGGAAAGAACUCCUCAAAGAAUAAAAUGGGAUCCUGUCUUCCUGGGUUGGAUUCCCCAAGCCUGACAGCUAUUUUUAGUUAGGUAACUGAAGGUAGGCCAGAGGCUGGGGGAAAGAUAAGAAUAAUUUUUCACACUGUAUAAACACCAAAGAGAGAAGUAAAUUUUUCUUAAACGAGGUCUUUAAGUUUAUAAGGCUGUGUAUUAUCUAUUGCUAUGUAUGUAACAAAUCACCCCAAAAUGUAAUGAC